AUGUUGGGUCGUCCCAACAUUGCGAUCGCAGGACUGGCAUGCGAAACAUCCACCUUUUCUCCUGCGCGUACACUCGCGCCGGCAUUCCAUCCACGGCGCGGCAAAGAGGUGAUCGAUGAGUACGCCUUUCUUCACCCUGGUACUCCGCUUGGGAACUCUGCGAAUUGGCACGGAGCGCUUAUCGGCCAUGCUCUCCCCGGUGGAAUUGUGGACCGGGAAUCCUUCGAGGAACUUGCCAGUGAAAUUAUCACACGGAUGAAUGAAAUCAAGAACACUACCAGCAUCGAUGGGCUUUGGUUCGAUAUUCACGGGGCGAUGUGUGUUGAAGGAAUGGAUGAUGCAGAGGCCGAACUUCUUCAGCGAAUCAGAAAAAUAAUUGGCCCAGAUGUGAUCGUAUCAGCGUCGAUGGAUCUGCAUGGAAACGUUUCCCAGCGACUGGUGCACCAGACUGACCUCAUUACUUGCUAUCGGAUGGCACCCCACGAGGACGAACAAGAAACCAAGGAAAGAGCUUGCAAGAAUCUUGUCGACAUGUUGAAAUCUCCAGCUGGACGACCGGGUAGACCUUUGAAAGCUUGGGUUCCGAUCCCAAUUCUUCUACCUGGGGAACAAACCUCCACUCGCAUAGAGCCUGCGAAGUCGCUCUACGAAUUGGUCUCAGGCGUUGAAGCCACAGAUGGAAUCCUGGAUGCGGCAAUUUGGGUCGGUUAUGCCUGGGCCGAUGAGCCUCGUAAUCACGCCGUUGUGGUUGUUACAGGCUGGAAUGCAGAUAGUGUCACUGAAGGCGCGAAGAAACUUGCAAAUUAUUUCUGGGACGCACGCAAGGACUUCAAAUUUGUUGCCCCUACAGGUUCACUCAUGGAGUGCAUCGAUGCCGCUCUGGUGUCUAGCAGUCGACCGUUUUUCAUUUCAGACUCCGGUGACAACCCCACUGCUGGGGGUGCUGGGGACGUAACUUGGAGUCUUAAUCGAAUUCUAGGUCGUCCUGAAUUCAAAACCUCGUCUGGCCCAACUGCUAUCUAUGCUAGCCUCCCAGGGCCGCAAGCAAUUGAAACAAUUCUUAAAGCGGGGAUAGGCGCUGUGGUUACCGUGACAGCCGGCGCUGAAGUCGAUGACCUCCACGAUGGCCCAAUCACUAUGACUGGACGUGUUCAUUCAAUCAGACAUGGGGACAAAGAUGCCGCUGUUGAGGCUGUGCUUCAAGUUGGAAGUAUCUUCGUCAUUUUAACCAAGUUACGCAAGCCUUACCACCGUGAACAUGAUUUCACUCGCCUCAACCUUGCACCACGGCAUGUAGAUAUCGUGUUCGUGAAGAUUGGAUAUUUGGAGCCGGAGUUGUUUGAUAUGGCUUCUGAUUGGCUGCUCGCCCUAACCCCAGGUGGCGUUGAUCAGGACCUGCCUCGCCUCGGUCAUGUUCGAAUCCAUCGUCCAAUGUGGCCAUAUGAUCGAGAAUUUGCCGAGGCACCCGACCUGACCCCCCAACUGAUCCCCUUCUCACAUGAGGCAUUUUAG